CAAAAGCAGUGACGGGGCGGCGCGCGGGGGCGGGGCAGUCGCGUGCGCACCUGGUGGGGCGGGGCAGCCCCGGCGCUCAGAGCCGAGCGGCGCCGGCCUCGCCGCACCGGGCGCAGCGCCGAGCCGGCCCGGACCCAUGCCGAGCGCCGUCGCCGAGCCCCGCCAUGGGCGGCUGCGUGGGGCGACAGCGCCGGGAGCGCCGCGACCGCCGCGACGCCGGGAACCCCCGCAAGCGGGCAGGCCGCAAUGAGCCCCUGAAGAAGGAGCGUCCCAAGUGGAAGAGUGACUACCCCAUGACAGAUGGGCAGCUACGCAGCAAGCGGGAUGAGUUUUGGGACACGGCACCUGCCUUCGAGGGCCGCAAGGAGAUCUGGGAUGCCCUGAAGGCAGCUGCCUAUGCUGUGGAGGCCAAUGACCACAGCUUGGCCCAGGCUAUCCUUGAUGGAGCCAGCAUCACCCUGCCUCAUGGGUCCCUGGCAGAGUGCUACGAUGAGCUGGGUAACCGGUACCAGCUGCCUGUCUACUGCCUGGCACCCCCUGUCAACCUGAUCCUGGAGCGGAGCGAGGAGGAGGCAGCAGAGCCGGCCGAUCCCCUGCCCAAUGCCCGUCGGGAAUUCUCCCUCAAGGUGCGGCUGUCCACUGGCAAGGACCUGCGGCUCAGCGCCAGCAUGGGUGACACCAUCGGGCAGCUGAAGAAGCAGCUGCAGGCGGAGGAGGGCAUUGAGCUGUCCUGGCAGCGGUGGUUCUUCUCAGGCAAGCUGCUCACUGACCGCACACGACUGCAGGAGACCAAGAUCCAGAAGGAUUUUGUGGUGCAAGUGAUCGUAAACCAGCCCCUGCCGCCCAGGAACUGAGCUCCUCCACCGCUUGCGGGGAGAGGGCAAGGGGCUGGGAAGCAGCGGCACCUCUGGGGAUGUACCAGGCCAUGUCCCAGCCCUGUUGGAACAGGGACAGCCCCUGCUCCCCCCCGAGGCUGCCCCCUAGACGGGUGACCUGCAGGAAGGGCUGCAUGGGGCUGUGCCACCACAGCGGUCCCCUCUAGGCUGGGGACGUGGGCACACACAGUGUUUGCUGCAGGAGAUUGGAGACCAAAUGUCUUCAGGAUGGUCGGCACAGCUGAGGUCCCACUGCUGGGCUGUGCUGGCAGGGAGAGGCUGUGACCUGCUGGGCUCCGGUUCCCCCUGGCUAGGAGGCCCCAGGGCGCUGGGCUGUGUGGAGAUGUCUCCCCUUUGUACAUAGUCUAUAUUUA